AUGGCGAACGUGUUGAGACAGCCAAUGAGUGGCAGGAGCGGCGGCGGAUGGAAAAACGCGAGGAGGAACGGGAGAGGCGCGAGUUUCGGGAGCGGCGGCGGACGAUUCCCGGGCAGAGGCCUUAUGAGGAUGUUCAUUGGCAUCCUCAUCCUGAUGCGCCAAUUCGGUCACACGUAUGAUCCUAACCGUCCCAGUCACUCGCGGCUGUCGGAGACAGUAUCCGACCCCAUUGAUGGAGAUGGUGUUGGUAAUGAGGGUCCUUACAGAUACCCAACCUUGCGCACCAGAGCCCGUCGGAGCGCGACUGUGCCAACCGAAGGAACUAGUUCUAGCUCUUACAUCCGGCGUCCGCACCCUCGGGAAGGCCUGGGCGUCGUCGCCGAGGAUUUCCCCUGGGAACCACCGUUUAAGUGGGGCAAGAACAACAGCUACUUCUCCGACGACGACGACGACGACAACCACACUUACGACUCCUCUUCAUCAUCAUCAUCAACCGCCUGCUCUCAGUCACCCACCGACUCAAUCCUCAAGUCAAGCGACGACGAAGGCGCGGGAUGUCUCAAACCACCCACCGAAACAACAACAACAACAGGGCCGCAGCAGCGGCCGAUUUUGUUGGCACCAGUCAACGCCGGUCCAGAGGAGACUUUCCCCAACACUCCCCCCGAGGAUGUCCUUCCCGAGCGGGAACCCGAGUGGGACGGCAUGGCGAGGUCGGAGCCGCCCUUUCAGCCUAUGUUCAUGGGCAAGCAUUUUGAUCCGAGGGAUCCUUAUCGGUAUGGACGGGGACCACCCGGACGCGGCGGACGUCGUUGA